UCUAAACAAAGCACAUUAUAUUUUCUCUUCAACAGGUUUGUAAAAUAGCUAUUCAAAAUGAAGAUUACAAGGUAUAAAAAAGUUCAGAAAUAUUUGAAAUUCUACUACAAUAACUAUGGUUUCCACCAGCCAUACCAAGUGUUAAUCGACGGCACAUUUUGUUUUACUGCUUUUAAAGAACAAAUAAACAUAAGAGACCAGAUACCCAAAUAUUUAAACUCUCAAGCUAAAUUGUUGACAACAAGAUGUAUAAUUGUAGAAACAGAAAAAAUUGCCAAAAAGGCUCAUGGUGCCCUGACUAUAUUGAAGCAGUAUGGAAUACAUGAGUGUGGGCACAAAGAACCAAUAGCGGGGUCUAAUUGUAUAUUGUCUAUGAUUGGCAAGAGAAAUGACAAACAUUACAUUCUGGCAACACAAGACAGAGAUUUACAGGACAAGUUGAGGGAAAAAAGUGGUGUUCCACUCUUGUAUUUCCAUAAUAAAGCUCCUACAUUGGAAAAGCCUUCACAAGCAAGUUAUGCUAAAGCAGGCCAGAGCUUAGAAGGAAACCCAUUCAUGUUCAUCACUGAAACACAAAAUGAAGCAUUAAAAACCAUGAAACAGGUUCUAGGAGUGGAACAAAAAGUCGAAGAACCCAAAAUAAUUCCUAAGAAAAAGAAACAACAUAAUCCUAACCCCUUGUCCUGUAAAAAGAAGAAAAAGAAACCUUUGAACAACAAAAAGGCGGAAACUGUUAGUGAAGGGAAAAUUAGGAAAAGAAAAAAGAAAAAGUUGCCAAAACAUGUAAAAGAACAAUUAAAGAGUGUUGCAAGUAAUUAAUAAAUGUAGUCAAUAAGUUA